ACUUGGAAAAUUGGUAGAAAGAAGAAAGGAAGAACCUGUCAAACUGUGUGUUCAAUUCAAAGUUUAAAACCACUCACCAAUGACACCAUAGGCAGCGUAGAGGUUAAGUUACAACUGUAUGGAAGAAGAAGAAGUAGAGCAGAGAUUGAUUGCGACACUCCCAAGUCCCUCCCAAGAACACCACCCUCCAUUCUCCACCAAUCUCGGAGCUUCUGAGUAGUUCCGACAGGGCUCAAAGUAAGAAGACAAAAGCUAUUUGUUCUGGGCAUCUCACCAAUCUCAACCCAUCGGAUUCCCAACCAUAAAAAAUUAUUAAAAAAAAAAAAGUGUAGAUUCCACAGCUAAAGUCUCUCGAUAGCUGAUCUGCUAAACCUUUCUGGAGUUGGUACUGGGGUUUCUUCUUCUUCUUCGUCUUCUGCUACUACCGUCUUUUAUUCCUCUCCACUCACUCUCAAUUCUCAAGUGCUGAACGACCUCGAGUGCCGACCCCCCCAACCCUUUUCGUCUCCAAGAAAAUGUAGAAGUUUCAACUGACGCGGUGUGAGAACAAGAAAAAUCGUCCACUGUGGUUUGUCUUUCACUGGUAAAUGAGGUGACCUCUUCCUGUUUUACUCGCAAUUUACUAGUCUCCCUUAUUUCAUUUUCAUGGACAUCUAUCAAUUCAUCAAGUCAUUAUUCGUUACUGUUUUUAUGUGCGUUAGGUUUAGCUCAAGGUUUUCUUCUCUGUAAGCUAUGAAGUGGAUUAAUCGUCUCCUGUGGUUUGUCUUCAGUGCUAAAUGACUUGAACUUUUCUUGUUUUACUUGUUUAGGUCAAGGUUUUCUUCUAUGUAAUCAAUGAAGUAGAUGAGAGAGGAGAACGGUUUUGGGUUCUCGUUCGAGCUCCUCCUCUUCUUUGGACUUGAUUACAGAACCAGAAGAAUCUAGGAGCUUCUCCUUCCACGCUAGUUCGUUUGCGUGAUUCUUAGGAAUUUGGGGUUUAAGGGUUUCUCUGUAAAACCAAAGCCAGACAGGAAAUGAAGGGGGUUCUGGGCGGGAUGUUGCCUGUUGGGGAUUUGGUUCCUGUGAAGGAAGAUGACGUCGAGUGCUCGUUUGCUAUGGAGUACAAAGGCCCGCUUGUCUCAUAUGAUCUUCCCCGAGCUGUUCCUAUCGACAUCAGACGGAUUCCGACUGCUGCGGUGGUUGCCCCUAGUGCAGUGCCCGAUAAAGUGUCCUUGCCGGUUGUCCAGCCACUCCUCGGUCGAGGUACUCUGAGCAAGAAAUUGUCCAAAGAGCUAACCUGUGGUUCUGACGCCGAUAUCUCGCCAAAUUCCGUUAUUGCAUUUGAGCCGCGAAGUAGAGACAGUUAUGAUUAUCGAUUGUCUGAUGAAUUCAGUAACUCCGGCACUGUAGGGUUCUCAAAUGACCACCGUGGAUGUUGUGACUCAUCGGAUGUAAUUGAUGAUAGCUCAGGUGUGCCAGAUUUCUCGAAUAGCCGUGAACGUUCUUGUGAGUUAUCUGGAGGAUUAGGGAGUUCAGGCACGUUGGAUUUUUCUAACAGCCAUGAUGACUCAAAUGACUUAUCUGGAAGCUCAGGUGCGUUGGGAUCUUCAAAUGAUUGCAAGGAGAGUUUAGAUUUUGUAGAAGAUAUAAUGGAUGAUAUUAAUCCACCGGAUUGGGGCUCCCAUGAGUCGAGUUUGCAUUUUCUUUCUUCGGAGAUUUCUUCUUGCCAGGGAGAGGAUGCCAAUGAAGUGCCACCUUGCCAUGACAAAAGAACAUCAGUAGUAACAUUCCUUGACGCUGAAUUGAGCGGCUCAGUUCACGAGGAAGAAAGCUUUGACAAGGUAGAAGUUAACAAAGAAAAAAUUAGGCCUGGAACAAAGGGACCGAAAGGAUCAUGUUAUCGUUGCUAUAAAGGAAAUCGGUUCACAGAAAAGGAGGUCUGCAUUGUAUGCAAUGCAAAGUAUUGCAGCAAUUGUGUGUUGAGGGCGAUGGGGUCGAUGCCAGAAGGAAGGAAAUGUGUUUCUUGCAUUGGAAUUCCUAUUGAUGAGUCAAAGAGAGGGAGCUUAGGUAAAUGUUCUCGAAUGUUGAAGCGGCUUCUUAGCCAGUUGGAAAUUCAGCAGAUAAUGAAUGCUGAAAAAUUAUGUGAAGCGAAUCAGCUGCAGCCGGAGCUUAUUGUUGUGAAUGGGAAGGAGCUGUGUCAAGAGGAGCUUGUCUUAUUGCAGAGCUGCGCAAACCCACCAAAGAAGCUAAAACCGGGACGUUAUUGGUAUGAUAAAGUAUCUGGUCUCUGGGGAAAGGAAGGACAGAAGCCAAGCAGGAUUAUUACAGCCGAUCUAAAGGUUGGGGGUCGUAUCAUGCAAAAUGCUAGCAAUGGAAACACUGGGGUUCUUAUAAAUUAUCGGGAGAUUACUAAAGUAGAACUUCGGAUGCUUCAGCUAGCAGGAGUGCAAUGUGCAGGUAAACCACACUUUUGGUUGAAUGCAGAUGGAUCGUACCAAGAAGAGGGUCAGAAGAAUAUGAAAGGGAAUAUAUGGGACAAGUCUGGAGCAAAGCUUGUUUGUGUUUUGCUAUCGCUGCCAGUUCCUUGUAAGGUUUCGAAUACUUGUGAAGGUGGUGUUAAUAAUCUGGUGAACGGAGUUAUCCCAGACUACUUUGGCCAGAGAGCACUUCAGAAGCUUCUUUUAGCUGGAUAUAAGGGAUCCGGAUCAAGUACCAUAUUCAAACAGGCCAAGAUUUUGUACAACUCUACCCCUUUCUCAGAGGAUGAGCUUGAAAAUAUCAAGCUGAUGAUCCAGAGCAAUGUAUACAGAUAUCUUGCUGUACUGCUUGAGGGGCGUGAACAUUUUGAGGAAGAAAGUUUGACUGAAAUCACAAAAAAACAUUCUCGUGAUCAAUCUGGUACCCUAGGGAAUGACAAUGAAAGUGAUGACAAAGUAGUUUACUCCAUUGGCCCAAGGUUGAAGGCAUUCUCGGACUGGCUUCUCAAAGUUAUGGUAUCAGGUAAUCUGGAGGCCAUCUUCCCAGCCGCUACUCGAGAAUAUGCGCCAUUAGUUGAGGAGUUGUGGAAGGAUGCAGCCAUUCAGGCCACAUACAACCGGAGAAGGGAACUACAAAUGCUACCUACUGUUGCUAGUUAUUUUCUGGAGCGGGUUGUUGAGAUCUGUAAGACGGAUUAUGAACCUUCCAAUAUGGACAUCCUAUACGCUGAGGGAAUCACUUCAUCAAAUGGGCUUGCAUACAUGGACUUCUCAUUCCCCCGUUCAGCAUAUGGUAGCAACCUUGAUACUGCUGAUGUGCAUGAUCCCUUGCUGAGGUAUCAACUCAUUAGAGUGGAUGCAAGAAGCCUUAAGGAAAACUGCAAGUGGCUGGAAAUGUUUGAAGAUGUUAGACUUGUUAUCUUUUGUGUUUCCUUGACUGACUAUGAUCAAUCAUUUGAUGAUGGGAAUGGGGUUGCAAUGAAUAAGAUGUUGGCUAGCAGGAGGCUCUUUGAGAGCAUUGUCACUCAUCCUAGUUUCAAUCAGAUAGAUUUUCUUCUGAUACUCAACAAGUUUGAUUUGUUUGAACAAAAGAUUGAACAUGUCCCUCUAACUGUGUGCGACUGGUUCAAUGACUUCAACCCAGUGAUCAGCCGCCAUCGUUCCAACAAUAACAGCUUCAACAAUAAUUCUUCACUGGCUCAGCAGGCUUCCUACUAUAUUGGUGUCAAGUUCAAGAGGCUGUUUUCUUCUUUUACUGAUCGUAAGUUGUAUGUUUCGAUGGUGAAUGGGUUGGAUCCAGAUACCGUUGAUCAAGCUCUUCAUUAUGCAAGUGAGGUUCUGAAGUGGGAUGAUGAAAGAGCCUACUUCAGUAUCAGUGAGUACUCGAUUUACAGCACAGAAGCAAGCUCCAUCUCCCAUUGAUGUUGAAUGGAAAUGACUUGUCAUGCUCCAGCUCUGUGUAAAUCAGUAUUCAGUGCCAGUGUACAUAUACAAACUGUAAAGCAAAAGAACAAGAAUAUAAUUGUUUUGGGUAAAAUAUUGAGAAUGAGUAAAAGAUUGAAAUUCCCUUCGUCUUUA